UGGAGGGGCGGGGACCUUCCUCCGCGGAGGUUUGGGCCUCGGCGGCCUCCGUCCGCAGCUGGCUCGGGAGAAGGCGCGGCGACCGCGGCGGAGCACCCCAUCUCUGCAGACCAUGGAGUUCGACUGUGAGGGCGUGAGGCGGCUGCUGGGCAAGUACAAGUUCAGGGAUCUGACUGUAGAAGAGCUGAAGAAAGUGAACGCGUUUUUCCCGCACUUCAGAUAUUCCAUGGACACCUACGUUUUCAAGGAUACUUCCCAAAAAGACCUGCUGAAUUUCACUGGUACUAUUCCUGUGAUGUAUCAGGGUAAUACAUACAACAUACCUAUUCGCUUCUGGAUUUUGGAUUCUCACCCUUUCGCUCCACCCAUUUGCUUCUUGAAGCCAACUGCAAACAUGGAAAUCUCAAUUGGAAAACAUGUGGAUGCCAAAGGCAGAAUAUACUUGCCCUACCUCCAAAACUGGAGCCAUCCUAAAUCUGUCAUUGUUGGAUUAAUUAAAGAAAUGAUCGCCAAGUUUCAAGAGGAACUUCCUCUUUAUUCGGUGCCAUCAUCCGCUGAAGCGCAGCAGGUCGAUUUGCUAGCCUAUAUUGCGAAGAUCACGGAAGGUGUCUCAGACAUAAAUUCAAGGGGCUGGACAAAUCAUGAGAAUAAAAUACACAAUAAAAUUACUGUGGUUGGAAGUGGAGAUUUGGGUAUUGCCUGCACAUUGGCAAUUUCAGCAAAGGGCAUUGCAGACAAGCUGAUCCUUUUAGACCUCUCCGAUGGGACUAACCAAGGGACGAUGGACCUUGAUAUUUUCAACCUGCCUAAUGUAGAGAUCAGCAAAGAUUUGUCUGCCUCUGCUCAUUCCAAGGUGGUGAUCUUCACAGCCAACUCUUUGGGUGGUUCCGAGUCCUACCUGCAUGCUGUGCAAAGCAAUGUGGACAUGUUCAGAACUCUUGUCCCAGCUCUGGGACACUAUAGUCAACAUGCUGUCUUCCUUGUUGCAUCUCAACCAGUGGAAAUCAUGAGCUAUGUGACAUGGAAACUAAGCACAUUUCCUGCAAGUCAAGUGAUUGGGAUUGGAUGCAGUCUGGACUCACGGAGACUACAGUACAUCAUUACGAAUGUUUUGAAGGCACAGACUUCAGGCAGAGAAGUGUGGGUUAUUGGUGAACAGGGAGAAAAUAAAGUGUGCUCAUGGAGUGGCCGAGACGGAGUAAUGAGUCAUAGCUCUCAGGCACAGCUGUCCAGCAGAGCCAUGGAACUGUUGAGGGUAAAAGGUCAGAGAUCUUGGUCUGUUGGACUGUCUGUGGCUGACCUGGUGGACACUAUUGUAAAUAAUAAAAAGAAAGUGCAUUCUGUAUCAACUCUAGCAAAGGGAUAUUAUGGUUUAGAUAAUGAAGUGUUUUUAAGUUUGCCAUGCAUCCUGGGAACCAGUGGAGUAUCUGAAGUCAUCAAAACCACAGCAGAAGACACAAUGACUGAGACACUCCAAAACAGUGGGUCCUCAAUCCACGAUCUCCAGCAACAGCUGAAACUGUGAUUCCCAAGUGCAGGCAACUGAAGGGGGAAGCUUGCUUAAUUUUGCCAGCAUACAUAGUUUUGGAAACUUACACAACUUACUAUUUGUUCUUACAAACAGCCUUUAUAGUAGAUAGCUUCUUAGCUAGCCUUAUAAUUCAAAGCCUUGAGAAGUUAGAGAAUGGGAAUGGUUCUAAUUUCUUUUGGAGUUUUUGACAUACCUACAGCAGGGAUAAAUAUUCGUUUGCAUUGUGUAUCAUUUUAAAUUGCAUGUCCUAACUUAAGGCACAUCAAGCACUUUAGAGAUGUUCUGAAAGAAACUCAUUCCUUCAAGAUUGCUGUGGACAUUUUUUCUAAGCAGGGUGAGCUGAAGGUGGGAUAGGCACAAAUCUGUGGUAGAGAUUCAUGACUUUACCUGUUAAUUUGCUUCUUUUGCAAGAUCCAGUUGAUGGUCAUGGCAAAGUAUUUUAUUUUCCUUCUUCAAAUUCACUAGCUACCAAACAUUAGAAAGGAUUUUAGUAUGCAUUUUAAAUUGGUUAAAUGGAAUUUAAAUAUAUGAAAAAUAAUGUGAUUUAAUUUCCAAUGAGACUUCCUUUCUGAAAAUUUCUAUAAUAACCUCUUCUUGGGCUAGAAGAUCUCGAAUGUAUCUUAAAACUGUAUUAGUAGAAAAGGAGAGAUGUGUUUUUCUGUGGCCAUAGAUAAUGAAUAACAGCCAAACAGUAUAUUUUGAGGCCAAAAUAUGAAGUUUUCAUAAAAAAACAAAAAAAACAAAAAAAAAAACAUUGGUCUUAAGGGAGAGAGGCCUUGGUCUGCUGCUCCUGAGCAAGCCUUAGUCACCCCAGAAGUACUUCCGACUGUGCCUGGGUGGUUGGUUAGUCAGUAUCUCCAUGUGGGAGAGACAGCUCAGUGACUGCUGUGACACACCGAUGGCACAGCUCCUAUAUAGUGAGCUUUUUAUUUGUAGAGCCCUGACAGUGACUGGCUGAGGUCGGGACGUUUCUCUUCUUUACGGAGGAGGAAAUUCAAGCUUGGUGUCUGAGACUACAUGGGUUCGAAGAAGCAUUGCUCACCUGCUACAUUUUAUAGGCAUCAACAGGGUAUUGGCCUCAAAGCCAAGCCGUCACAAGACACUAAUUAAAGGCUUGGGAUACUUUCAUUCUCCUGUGGGAGUUGUUUGUUUGUUUGGUUGUUUGUUUGUUUUGUUUUGUUUUGUUUUGA